AUGCCUCCUCACUCCGCUGCCCACAUCGUCCCACCUCAGUAUCAAUACGGUCUUGAUCAGCCCAUCCUGAAUCCUCGUGGAUCUAUCCCCAGCCCAAGUCAACACUCUUUGCUUCUUCGAUCUGGUCACAGCGCUCCCAUUAUUGACAAUCUUGAAGAUGCCGCCAGCCAAAAUUCUCAGCCCAACUCACCUGCUGGUAUCCCUCAAGUUCAGCCACCCGCUUCCACCUCUCUUACCGAACGCCCAACCAAAAAAAGGAAACGUACCACCAAUGACGAUGAUUCUGCUUCACCCCAAUCAAUCGAAGUCCUCCUUCAGAAAUUGGACCUUUCAAGGGGAAAGCGCCUCGCCCUAAAGGGACCAAACUGCUGGAAUCUUUUUCUCAAGACCCCUGAAGCUCGAACAAUAUUCAAAGAAGUUGGUGGUGUCGAUGAUGAUUCGGCGAUGAAGAAAGUCUCUGAGUUGUGGAAGAAGCUUACCCUGGAGGAGAAAAAAGCUUUUGCAAAACACCUUGACGAUGGAUUGACUGAUGAAGAACGUGCCCUUGAUGAAGACGAGUCGGGUGAGUUGAUCCUUCCUGAAGAGCCUUUUUCCUCGGCUCCUUCAGGACAGGUGGGUGGUGGUGUUACUUCCGUUCGCAGUGAGGUCUCCCUCAAGAAUGACUACCAUUGUGUUCAGAAAUGUGUUAAUGAAUUUAUUGAAAAGGCCACUUCAGUCGCAGCAACCCACAACGCGCAGUUUGUGGUCUUUGCGGUGUCCACCCACCUUGGCGCAAGCAGCUAUCAAAUCUUGCAAAGCACACCUGUUGCCAACGUUUUCCUCAAUUACGCCAAAGAUGUCGAUGCUGAGAAGCAUUAUGCUGCUCGAUUGCAAUCCUACAUCACCGGAUACAGUAUUGCUCAGAUCACUGACUUGGCAACUAAACCCCAAAACAAAGGUGGUAAGAAGCCAUCACAUGAUGUUAAGGUCACUGACAGGAUGCGUGAAUUUAUAAAGGCCAAGACCAAAGGUAUUGUCAAGACAUGGCCGUGGACCAAUACUCAAUCAAGACUGGCCAGCUCCGGGUAUAAGUUGGCGCUCGCACCUCUGGCCAGGACCAAAAUUGAGUGGAUCAGCCGACCGAGUCGUUCGCUCCAUACUGAUGCAGCUCAUCAGUCCAGCCCUUAUGACGACAACAUCGAAGCAGCUACCAUUUGA